GUUCACAUUUUAUCUAUCCAUACACACACACACACAGGUUUCUUUGGAUUUUGAUGGCAUGAAACCCUAGCUAGCUAGCUCCCCUCCAAUGGACAAUCCUUAUCCCGAACUAGGGAGCUUGGUCCCCGCCGCCGAAUCUUCCUCUUCGGCGGCGGCGCAGGAGGUUUCCGGGUCGUCAUCCUCGUCCUCGUCGUCGAGCCGGUACGAGAACCAGAAACGCCGGGACUGGAACACGUUCGGCCAGUACCUGAGGAACCACAGGCCCCCGCUCGCCCUGUCCAGGUGCAGCGGGGCCCACGUGCUCGAGUUCCUCAGGUACCUCGACCAGUUCGGGAAGACCAAGGUCCACACCCCCGUGUGCCCGUUCUUCGGCCACCCCAACCCUCCGGCCCCCUGCCCCUGCCCCCUCCGCCAGGCCUGGGGCAGCCUCGAUGCGCUCAUCGGCAGGCUCAGGGCCGCGUACGAGGAAAACGGCGGGAAGCCGGAGACCAACCCUUUCGGAGCUAGAGCCGUGCGGCUCUACCUCCGAGAGGUUCGCGAUCUCCAGUCGAAAGCCAGGGGGAUCAGCUACGAGAAGAAGAAGCGAAAACGCCCCCCGCAGCAUCCGCCCCCGCCGCCUCCACCGCAGCAAUCCAUGUCGGCUCCUCCGUCGCCGUGAACUUCCCCGGGGCCGCGGCCGGCGAGAUGAUGAUGAUCAUAUGAAACACCAUCUUCGUGUCGGAACAAAUUUCUACUGUAUGUUUGUUUGUUUUUUCCUAUUGAUUAGCUAUCAAUCUUUAUCAUAUAUCGUCUCAUAAUAAUAAUUGUAGUUUGUACGUAAUGGCAUUAUUGGACAGAUCCGACUGUAGUAGCUUACAAUAUAAUUAGCAUGUCCUC